CUCUCUGAGUGUAGUUCUUCUAGCUGCUCAGGUGAUAGCAACAGUUUUUAAGAGUUGCCAUUGACCUCUUUUCUUAUAGGGAUACAUAUCAUUUUAACUUAUUGAGUCUCUUAAAAAUUUUGUUGUUGUUGUUGUUGUUUUUUCCCCUCUUUUUAAAUUACCUUUUGAUGAUUCUCUUGAGUUCUGUGGUUGGACUUCAAAUUUUCUGUUCAGGUCUGGUCUUUUAUUUAUGAAUGCUUGGAACUCUUCUGUUGUGUUAAAUGACCAUACUUUCCCCUGUAAGAAUAUAGUCAGUUUUGAUGGGUAUUUUAUUCUUGGCUGUAGACCUAGUUCCCUUGCUUUCCGGAAUAUCGUAUUCCAUGCCUUUCGGUCCUUCAGUGUGGAUGCAGACAGAUCCUGUGUUAUCCUCACCGUGUUUCCAUGGUAUCUGAAUGGCUUCUUCUUGGCAGCUUGUAAUAUCUGUUCUUUCAUCUGAUUGUUUUUGAAUUUGGCUAUAACAUUUCUUGGUGUUGUCAGUUGGGGAUUAAAUACAGGGGGUGAUCUGUGGAUUCUUUCAAUCUCCACUUUCCCCUCUUGUUCUAGGAUCUUGGGACAGUUUUCCUGGAUAAUUUACUCUAGUAUUAUGUUCAGGCUUUUUCUUUUGUCGUGGUCUUCUGGUAGUCCAAUUAUUCUUAUAUUGCCUCUUCUUGAAGGAUUUUCUAAAUCGUCUGUUUUGCGAAUGAGAUGCUUCACAUUUUCCUCAAUUUUUUCAUUCUUUUUGUUUUGUUUUAUAGUGUCCUGCUGCCUUAUGAGGUCACUUGAUUCUAGUUGUUGUAUUCUGGUUCUUAAAGAUUGGAUUUCAUCUCUGGCUUUUUGGUCGUCUUUUUCCUUCUGGUCUGAUUUUCUUUGAAGAUCGGCUUUCAUCCUCUUUACCUCGUCUUUCAUCUCCUUUGCCUCAUCUUUCAUCUCCUUUGCCUCAUUUUCCAGCUGGAUGAUUUUGGCUUUCAGGACAUUAUUUUCUUGUUUUAGUUCAAAUGCCUCUGUUUCUAGAUGACUUAUCUUAAUUUUUCAGUUCUUUUCCCAAUUGUCUUCAGCCUCUCUUAGUUGUGUUUUGAGUUCUUCCACAGCCUGUAUCCAGUUUGCUGGGAUUUCUGGUUUAUUGUUUGCUGAUCUCUCCCCCUCUGUUCCAUUUGCUGAGUAGUAGCUGUCUAUUGUAGUUUCUUUCUUCUUUUUCUGUUGUUUGUUCAAAUUCACCCCUUCUUUACUCCCCGUAUUUGUCUGUGCUCUUGUUCCUCUCAUUUUUUUGUUUUUUGGGGACUUCUAUCGGUUUCCCCUCUUGAAGCUUUCACAGAAGAUCUCUUGGUGUAAUCUCUGGGGGAGGGUUGUUGGGGGGUUUGAGCUUUCCUGUCCUCUGGAGGCUUUGGAUUGGCUUAAAGUCCAGUAGUCAAUGAGGAUGGGUGGGGAGCCUGGGCUUCCCUGCAGUUCUGGAGACUUUUGAUGGGAUUGAGUUCAGCUUAGUUGGGCUGGGUUUACUCUGAGUUUUAAACUUCCUGAACGGCUGGAGCAAAUAUGGAGGAUCUCCAAAGCUCUGGCCAGGCUGCCAGGUCUAUGCUCCUUCUAGGCUGCCAUCUUGACUCGGCCUCUAGGUUUCUGUUUUUUUUUUUUUAGAAGACCCUGCUUUCUAAGGGGGAAGGUGUGUGGCCUCCCUGGGCUCUGAGGGCUCCUGAUGAGAUUAGGUUCAGCUGAUUCUUUCAGAAGACCCUGCUCUCUAAGGGGGGAGGGGUAGUGGUUUCCCUGGGCUCUGAGGGAUCCUGAUGGGAUUAGGUUCACCUGGUUUGGGCCAAAUGAGCCCUGAAGCAAAGAAAACCUCCUUCUUCACAAUCUGUGUUGAAUGCCUGGAGACUGGCCCAGGUUGUUUUCAAGGUAAGUUAAAGUGGGGAAAAUUGUGGAACUUUGAAGAUGCCCCAGCACAGUAUUCAAGUUUUCUGCAUAAAUUAUAAAUAACUUCAAGAAUUUGCUGAAUAGAGGACACCAGGAUCCGUUUUUCAAAUCAUGCCAUCUGAACAGAAGCAAUUUUUUUGUGAUGAAAAACCAACUACUUUAGAAAAAGGUUAUGAUGUAGAAGAUAUAAUAGUUAUUGAUGCUGUAGAGUCAGAAGAACCAAGAAUUUUAGAAGAUAAUUCUCUUUAUGAACUGAAAAAUGUGAAAAUUGAUUUGCCCAAGAUAAGUAUUUCAGAUGAAACUCCAUUGACGCAUGAAGUUGACACAUAUAAACAAGUAUUUGAGAGUAAACCACAGACUGCCAGAAAAUCUGUUGGCAAAGAGAAAAUAAAUGAAAGCCCUUUAAACUGUUUAGAGGAGUGUAACAUGUUGCAAAGACCCAAUAUAAGAUUUGAAGAAGAAGGAAUGAAAAUGUCCGCAAAAAUACUUAAUUUCAGCUGUACAAAAUGUAGGGACAAUGUUCGAUAUAGCCCAAAUGAUUUGCAGAAACAUUUUCAGCUUUUGCACUGUGGAGAAUUACCUUUAUAUCCUUGUGAGAUGUGUAGUUUUUCUGCAAAUGACUUUCAGUCAUUUAAACAACACAGACUUAUCCACCGAAGCACUUUAGUAAAAUGUGACAUUUGCAAUGAUGAGAAUGUAUAUACCUUAUUAGACUUGACAAAACAUUUUGCAGUUAAACAUUGUGUUAAUGGUAAUUUUCAAUGUGAAAAAUGCAAGUUCUCUACCAAGGAUGUUGGCACAUUUGUUCAGCAUAUUCACAGACAUAAUGAGAUUCACUAUAAAUGUAGUAAAUGUAAUCAUAUAAGUUUCACCAAAGGAGAGUUUCAGCAGCAUCUCUUUGUUCAUUCCACUACUUUUCCCUUCAGUUGUCAAUAUUGUAACUAUAGUGCUGCUGAGAAGGACCAACUUGUAAAACAUGUUGUAGCUUUGCACAAAGAUCAAUUAUAUGCAAAAGAUAAACUGGAAAAGGAAAAAUGUGAAAAAAGGAUAGUAAAGACUACAGCUGGACUUAAGCUUAUAUUACGACGAUACAAAAUAGGAACAUCAAGAAAGACACUUUGGAGACAAAAGAAAGAGAACAAUGGAAAUGACAGCUAUGUAGAAAAAAACACAGAGGUGCUUAAAAACAUUAAUAAAAUUCAGUUUAAAUCUGAAGAACAGAGUAAUAUACAGGAGCAUUUAAAUGAAGAAAAGAAUGACACCAUACACAUUGAAAAACCAAGUCAGAAGCAAGAUGAGUCAGAAUCAGAAACAAGAAACCUCUUACCUACCAGUCAGAGUAGUAGAUCUGAAGAGGGGUCAAGUUCUGGUUUUGGAUUUUUAAAGAAUGUUAUACAUGGACCUGCAGUACUGAUGUUGAAAAAUAAUAAAAUAUCAGUUCCUGCCAACUAUAGUGCUAAGUUUAUGGGGUUCAAGAUGGUAGACGGAAAACAACACAUAGUUAUAAAAUUGUUGCCUACCAAUAAAUCUAAUUCAUGUUCUCCAGGUCUACAGCCAGGUACAAUAAAGGACAACACUACUGAUGUGCAGCAUCGUACAGCUGAAACCACUGGAUUACCUACAGGUGCUACACUGCAUACAUCUGAAUUAAAUAACACAAUUUGCACUAACACAUCAAAUCCAUUAUCAUUUUCUACUCCUCUGUUUUCAGGGAAUGGGACUUCAGAAAAAGAAAAAACUGUUUUGGCUCAAACUAGAAGUAAGUCUCAGACAGUAGGUGCUGAGAAAAGUACACCUCUCUUGUCAACAAAUUCAGAAUUGACUGCAGCUCCUUUAAAUUUGACCACUAAAAUCAGAAUUAGUAAUAAUGUUGGAGCAUGGGGAAGUUGUGUUAUUCAAAGUCAUCCUCAGGUAUUGUGUGCCACAGUUAAGAACCCAGUUAACGUGGAAUCUGUUGAAGUAAAUUCUGUUGAACCAAAAGCACAACAUAGUGGAAUAUUGAAUAACUCCAGUAUUAAUGAUCUCAACUAUAUGCCAUUCUCUGGCCAAGGAUCAUUACCUUUUCAUAAUUACUCAAAAAUGGACUAUUUGGAUAACUCAUGCAGUAUUUCAGCAACAGCACAUGAAAACUCUGAAGAAUCUUCAUCAAGCAAAACAGCUGUUCACCAGUAUAGCUCGAGAAGUGAAUCAGGCUUGUCAUCAGUAGGGAUGAGUCCAAAUCCAGAUCUCCAUGAAACAUCUCCUUCAAAGAUUUGUGAAACUUACUGCCCUUUAAACACUAAAGAUACUUGUGAACCUUUAAAAAACCAAUGUGAAGAUACCGAAAUUUUAGAAACAAUACAAAAUAUUGACACACAGAAUCCUCAAGCUGAUAUAAAUCAAGGCUUAGAGGAUGUAGCUGAGAAAUCAGAUUGGGAGAAUAUCUCUUGUGUUGAUUCAUUCACAAUGCCCAAAAUCACAUCUGUUUUCUCACUGCAGAGUACACAGGCAUCUGAUUUUUGGUCACCUGAAGAAACCCAGUUGUUACAAAAUGUAUUGGAUGAAAAAUUAAGUUUGGGAAAAGACUCUGAUAUUACACCAAAUAAAGGAGUUCAACUUCAUGAUGAGCCACUUUUGAAAAAUGAAGGCAAGAGCAACAUUACUGAAUAUUUGAAAGGUUCAGAAAGCCCAUGCACUUUACCCAUUUCAUCUAGCAAUGUUGGGAUUAGUGUACAUACAAAAGAUCUUAAUGCCAGCAACUGUAUAGCAAAUACAGAAAUGGGUUGUGGGAAAGAAAAGCAAGUACUAUCAACAUCAAAUGAUUUGGGAGACUCUGAGAAAAUACCCAGAAUUGCUGUUGUUGACUCAGUUAAGACCCAGUCUGAUACAAGAAUAACUCAGCAGCUUGUAAAAGACAAAAUACAAGCUACUCCAGAUAGUUCUAAUGGCUUAGGUUCUUUUCAUGUGCUGAGCCCACCAAUAAACUCUGAACCAAAAAAAGCCAUUUUUGUUCAGUCAUCUCCUAAAGGAUUUAUUUUACCUUUGCAUCUUGCUAGCAAAUCUGGAUUAAAACUUGUUUCAGGAAGAAGUCUUUCAUCAACUAAUCCACCAGGUAUUUUGAUGACUAAAGGUAUACCAUCAUCUCUCCUUUUAAAUAAGAAACCUGGAAUGAUUCUAAGGUUAAGUAAUGGAGUGCUUGGAAGUGUUACCAAUAUUACAGGUGAGAAUUCUCAAGUUCUUGGUGGAGCUAUAGCUAAGGAGGAUGACAAAACACCUUCUGUAAGAGCAGAUUUGAAAAAGGAUAGUCCUACAAAUAUAAUUUGCUCCUCAACAUUUGAUAGUAGGCCUGAUAUGGCAGUUAGUUCUGAAAAUAGCAUACCAUUUAAAGGAUCAUAUAUUUUUAGAAACCCAGCAGAGUCUUCAGUGAAUGAAAAUUCUUCUCAAAAUACUGUGCCUGGCUGUCAAAGCACUAAGUCGCAGUCUUUGGGUUCAGUAAGACAGCCUAGUGAAGCUCAACAAAAACAAUCUCUUUAUGCAUUGUUGCCGGAUGGCCGGCAGGCAGUUCUCCUAAGGUGUGUGACUCCCAGCAAGUCACAGGUAGGACCUUCUGAUUUAUUACAGAAUAGCACUUAUGAUCAUCAAAAUCAUCAACCAAAGAAAUCCGGAGCAACACAACAAAAAAUCCUGCUGAAAAUUAUUAAGAACCCUGCUUUUGAUAACAGUCAGUCAGCAAAAAGUCCUAAAUCUUCAUUACAGUUAGACAUCAUACAGUCUCAUCAAACUUCCACAGCAGAGGAAAAACAACUUGUCUCAUCUAGUGAUGCCUUACUCUUAACAAAUAGAUUAAUGCCAGCAAAUGCAACUGUCACAACCUCUACAGCAAUAUGUAACAUACCUCCUCAAGGGACAGUAUGUACCACCACUCAUCCAGAGACACAGCUUUUAAGGUGUCAAACAAAUAGUUCAUUUCGGAGUGGCUUCAAUCAUGGAAAAUCUACUAGAAGACAGAUUUCAAAAAUGAAAGCUCAUGUACAACAUAAAGCUUCUGAAUCCAUGAUUACAUAUGAAAACAGGAACUUUGGACCAAAAUGUAGAGACAAUUUCCAGGAAUGGCCUAGAAAAAAAGUAAUGUUGCACAGGAAGAGUAAAAGAAAAACAAAAUCUGAAGAUUUUCAUGACACAUUUGACCUUUAUAGACCAAGGUUUCCUAAGGAUACAGUUAGGACUUUGCGACUUUUCCCUUUCAGUUCUACACAACUUAUAAAAUGCCCUAGAAGAAAUCAGCCUGUUGUGGUUUUAAACCAUCCUGAUACAGAUUCUCCAGAAGUGGUAAAUGUAAUGAAAACUAUUGCUAAGUUUAAAGGGCAGGUAGUCAAGGUUUCAUUGUCAAAAAGAACAAUUCAAGCACUUCUGGAACCAGCAUAUUGUAACAUUUCUAAAGCAGUUACUGAUUAUUUUUCUGCCAAGAGGCAUAAAGUACUUAAACCUGUGAAAGAAAGAUUUGUGUUAAAAUUAACACUUAAAAAGACAAGCAAAAAUAAUUAUCAGAUUGUGAAAACUACCUCUGAUAAUACUUUGAAGGCAAAGUUUAACUGCUGGUAUUGUGGUAGAGUAUUUGACAAUCAGGAUGCUUGGGUGGGUCAUGGACAGCGACAUUUAAUGGAAGCUACUCGGGAUUGGCAUAUGUUAGAAUAAUUUACAUUGAUUAUUAAAAAAUAAAAUUACUUUAAAAGAAUGAAUCAAAUUAUGAUAUGCAUAUGUUUUCUAUUUCAGUGUAAUACCAGAAAUUAAGCUUUUAAAUAUUGUUUUUGGAGAUGGUUAUAUUUUAUUGGAAAAGCAGAAUUGCAGCAUUUGAAAAUGCAACCACACAAUGCAUGCAUUUUGAAAUUAUAGCUCAGAUGUACCUUGGUUUUUUUUUGUUUGUUUUUUUAAAGAAUAUGUUCUGGAAAGUUAGGUUAAAAUGAAAAUUGUGAGAAAAACCCCAUCUUUUCCCCCAUUAAAUUAUAUCAAUAUUAUUUGAGAAUGUGUAUUAUAGUGGAGAUCAGCAUCUCCAUUAAUACUGCUUCAGCUGUUAUCAGUCUUGUAAAUCUGGUAAGUAUUUUCCCUGUAAGUAUGGUAUCAGUUUCCCACCAAAAGGCUGAAGUUUCUCUUCCUGGUUAUCUUUCCAGGCUGCUUAUCCUCAGUCCAGAUUACUCAGAGACUUCUGGCACAGAGUGGAGUAUAAUCCUUGAAUCAGUGUGAUCCAAUGGAAAGAGCACUCAUUUGAAGUCAGAAAUCUUACUUUCCCAAUUUCAGCUCAACUGUUACUUAGUGUCUAUGUGACUUUGGGCAAGUCAUUCUCUGGUCUGCAGGUUGCUCAUCUCCAUAAUGAGGAAGGUGUACCUAAUGAUGACCCCUAAGGUCCUUUUCAGCUCCAUUCUGUGAUUCUCUAAAGGAAAUAUGUUGACUGGAUAGUAUAUUUGACUUACAGUUGACUCACUGCAAUUAGGACACCAUUGGGUAAAGAGAUGUUUCUGAAUAUAUAUGUCAAACAAAUAAUUUUUUUCUCUGUUAAGGUUUUAUGUUGCCGAGAUAUGCCCUGUAAUGAGUGAAAGUAGAUGCCACUUCUAGAGAGGGUAUACAGAGAUGAUUUAAAGGCCAGUAUUGGGCUCUAUAGGAAGGCUAGAACAGAAACAAGGAAAUAUCUUUUUAAAUUCAGAUUUAGAGAAUCUUGUUGCAGAGCUGGUGGCAGAUUUCUUCAGAUAAAUACAUUUUCCAGAGUUUCCAGGAAACUCAUAUUUAACUGAUAUAGAUACCUGCUGCCAUUCUAGCUGUUUUUCUUCUGGAUAUAAGAUCUAUAAGUAGGCACUUCUCAGGGAAAAAAAAUGUUUUUCUAGAUUUUGCUUUGUUAUUUAUACAGUAACAAUCUGGUAAUUUCAGAGCUCUGGAAAAAAAAAAACAAUCCAACAACAGUCUCAUUUCUAUAACUAAUAAAAUAUCACACAUCUUUCAAACAUGCCUCCAGUGAAGUGGCUUUCAUAAUAAUUUAGAGGACUGGAAAUCCAAAGCAAAACAGCUGAUUGGUAUCAGUAGGGUAGGCAGAUAGCAGUAGUAGAUCUUUAAUAAGUGGUAGAACUCAGGACAGUUUUCUAGUGGAUUCCUUGAUAAGGACAGAUUUAAAAAUGAAGUUGCUGCAUUAAAGAAUCAAAGACAAAAUUUCUGCUUUAUAAAUGUAGUUUGACUUUUAUUGCAUCUUUGUAUAAUGGAGCUCAUCUGUAUUAUAAAAUUACCUGAUCUAAGAUUUUUUGUUACAUGGUUACUAUAAGUGUUAUAUAUUUUUAUUGAUUGGAAUAAAUCUUCAGGGCUUCUCUUCUGUACAUAACUAAGAUUUCAGACAUGUACAUAUUUUUGUAUGGCUUAUUUGCUAUAAACCCUGCACAGAAAUUUUUUGACCUAAAAAGUUUGUUUUAUUUUAGUUCUGGGCAUGCACUAAUAAAACUGGUUGUAAACUUUAAAAAAUAUAUAUACACAGAGCUUUUACCAGCAUUAUUUUCUUGGUUUUAAUUUUAAUUUUAUUAAUUUUUGUAAGUUUGUUUUUCAGGGAUAUGAACACUAUUGUUAGCAAGUGCCUAAAAGAUGUGAAACAGUUUACAUAUAUCACCUGUAACAAUAGGUCCAAAAUGGACCAGUCCCCAAGAGGUUUAUUUUAAAGGAAGCCAUAUGUAGAUGCUUUAAGCUAUCUUGCUAUGCACAUGACACUUGUACUAUUUCUGUGCAGUUUGUCUACUUUCUUAGUGAAGUAUUUUUCAUAUAAAUAAAACCUGUUACAAUUGUGUUUAUUAAAUUGAGCCUAAGAAUGGAAUCAAUUGGAAAUAUACAGUAUAUAUUCAUAAUGCGUAAUGGUAUUAAUUCAAGAAUGGUAAGCGUUGCUAAUUUCUGUAAUGACUUUCUUUAAUAUUAAAUUUAUCUUAAAUUGUGUUUACACAAUAA